CCUUUUUCUAUAUAUCCCACCCCAUCCUUAGCUGUAACACAAGAACCUGAACCAGUGGCCGUCCGUAGUGACCUCUCUCUCUCUCUCAUCUUCCGCCAUGGCUGUAAUGCACAGACUCCUCUUCGCCUUCUUGGCAGCCCUUGUUUCAGUAAUGGAGGUGUCGGGGACGACGAUAACGCUCUUCAACAAGUGUAGCCACCCAGUGUGGCCGGGAAUCCAGCCCAGCGCCGGGAAGCCGGUGCUGGCGCGGGGCGGCUUCAAGUUGCCGCCCAACAAGGGGUACUCCCUGCGGCUGCCGUCCGGUUGGUCUGGCCGGUUCUGGGGCCGCCACGGCUGCGCCUUCGACAAAUCGGGCCGCGGCAGAUGCGCCACCGGCGACUGCGGCGGCAACCUCUUUUGCAACGGUCUCGGUGGCGCGCCGCCGGCGACCCUGGCGGAGAUCACCCUCGGCAACGAGCAGGACUUCUACGAUGUGAGCUUGGUCGACGGCUACAACCUCGGCAUCUCCAUCACGCCCUUCAGGGGCUCCGGCAAAUGCAGCCCCGCCGGCUGCGUCAGCGACCUCAACCUCAUGUGUCCCGUUGGCCUCCAAGUCCGGUCGCAUGACAAGCGGCGUGUCGUCGCCUGCAAGAGCGCCUGCUCCGCCUUCAACUCGCCCAGGUACUGCUGCACGGGGAGUUACGGGUCGCCACAGUCCUGCAAGCCGACGGCGUACUCUCGGAUAUUCAAGGUGGCCUGCCCGAGGGCCUACUCUUACGCUUACGACGAUCCCACCAGCAUCGCCACCUGCAGCCGCGGCAACUACCUCGUCACCUUCUGUCCUCACCACUAAAUCCCAGCGCCGCCGUCGACGGCGGUUCCCCCUCCACCGGACGUUCUCUACUCCUUGAUUAUUGCUUCUGCAUCCGGGUGGAGGACCCUUGUCUAGUAACACCAUAUUAUAUACUAUCAGCUAUAUUAUAUAUGUAUGAUGAUGAUAUCAUAGGAAUAGGAAUCAUUGAACUUCCAUAUAUAUAUAUAUUUGGUCUGUGAUGUAGAUCUUGCCUGGCUUGCUGCUAAUUGAAGGCUAAUGUGUUGUUUUUGA